AUGAAAAAUACAACAAGAAACAUGGUACUCACUGGACACGUAGGAUUUUCCAGUUUACCAGAUCAACUUGUUGCAAAAUCCAUUGAUGCUGGUUUUACAUUCAACAUUUUAUGUAUUGGUGAAACUGGACUUGGUAAAUCAACACUGAUUGAUUCAUUGUUCAAUACAACAUUUGAUUCAACACCUAGCCCUCACAAUUUACCAACAGAUUCAAUAAAAUGUGAAACAUAUCAACUUCAAGAAAAUAAUGUUAACUUGAAAUUAAAAAUUGUUGAUACAGUUGGUUAUGGUGAUCAAAUAAAUAAGAUUAAUAGUUCAAAAUCAAUUGUUGAUUUUAUUGAUGAACAAUUUAAUAAUUAUCUUCAAGAAGAACUUAAAGUUGAUAGAUCAAUGUCGACAUAUGAUGAUACAAGAAUUCAUGCUUGUCUUUAUUUCAUUUGCCCAACUGGACAUGGAUUAAAAGCAUUGGACAUUCUUUGUAUGAAAAAAAUUCACAAGAAAGUAAACAUCAUUCCAAUAAUUGCCAAAGCUGACACAAUAUCAAAAAUAGAGCUACAAGAUUUUAAGAAUAAAAUAAUAUCUGAGCUUGAAUCAAGUGAUAUUAAUAUUUAUAAAUUUCCAAUUGAUGAUGAUAAUAUUGCUGAUGUUAAUAUGGAAAUGAAUAAACAUGUACCAUUUGCUGUUGUUGGCAGUAAUGAUUUAUCAAAAAUUGGAAAUAAAAUGGCACGUUCACGUAAAUAUCCAUGGGGUACAAUACAAAUUGAAAAUGAAAAACAUUGUGAUUUUGUUAAAUUACGUGAAAUGUUAAUUAGAAUUAAUAUGCAAGAUAUGAUUGAAAAAACAAAUCAACAACAUUAUGAACUUUAUCGAAUGGAAUAUUUGAAAAAGAUUGGUUUUGAGGACUCGGAAAAUAAACAGCCAUUGAAUUUUCAAGGAUUUAUUGAACAAAAAAAAAUUGAUCAUGAAAUGGAACUUGAUAGAAUAUCAGAGCAAUUAAAAGAACGUAUUUGUGAACGUAUUAUUGAUUUUGAUCAUGAGCAACAAAAAUUCCAGAAUGAAUUGAAUGUAAAAGUACGUGAGAUGAGUCUACGACACACUGUCGAGCGUGAAAAAGUUGAAGAACAUAUGAAAAUAUUAGAUAAUGAAAUACAAGAAUUUAAUCGUGUCAAAGAGCAAAAACUUAAAGAACAAUUAAGUCCAGGACGUCAAAAAAUAAAAAAAAAAUAA